UUGUUUAUGUACUUUGCCUGUUUGGACCUUUUGUGACUUGACAAAAUACUAAAAGACUCGAGACUCACUUUGGAUUGAGAGUUAGACAUGUGACUUGACUCGAGACAUGAGAUCUUAUACAUGGUUGUUAAAAAACAAUGGCGGUCUAAAAUAAAUCACUACAUAAAUCUGUUUUAGGGAGAAAUUAUUUUACAAUGUGACUUUGACAGUAGCUGUCGUAGAAUCAGAGAAAACCAACAGAGCCAUCAUUAAUGAAAUGAAUGUUACUGAGUCCAAUUUAUUUAGUCAUUUAACCUUUAUUUAUCUGGGGAAAAGUAGUUGAGAACAGAUUCUCAAUUGCCAUGAGUAAAAGAAAAGAAAACAAAAACAAAUACCUAUACAACAGACUAUACAAUGUUAUGUAGUUACAUAAUCACAUAACAGUUCACAUCACAUUACAUCAUAAAGUGUUCUGAACAUGCUAAAAACAGGUGCCGCCAUCAUACAUCAUCGUAGAGCAUCUUCAAUUAACCUAAAAAGUGGUAUAAGGAUGAAUGAAGACUUUUAUUAUUUGUUGCAGUGAAGAAAAUCCUCCAAAAGUAAUCAAGCACUUUGGGAACAAAGAGUUUAACGAUGAGCAAAGAGAGGUUAGGUAGAUCUUGCCAAUGUGUGUUAUACUGUAUAAUUAAAAAUUGGCCCGUGAAUUUGUGUCGAGAGGACUAAUUAACCAAGCAGUACAGUUUUAAUUGAAUAAUGAUAUAAAAGGGCUGCGUUCCAACUCAUUCUGGGCUCGAAUCACUUCUCUGAAACAAUAUGAAGAGGAUAAAACAAAAGAUUUAAGCCGCUGAGAUGCUGCUUCUGCGUUAAUUGAUGCAUUGUUUGCUUCCGGAACACGAACAUUCUUUACGUACAUCUGUCGUCGAUCAUGAAAUAAUAGGUUUCCAAUAACUUGUUUCCUGCAUCCCGAUGUAACAUCCGCCGAGGCAAAGGAAACGUACUUAAAAUUUUACUAUGAUUAAUAUACUGUGUAUUCAGCUCCAACACAGUGUUUUUACAAAUGAGUUAUUUACAGCAAUGCUAAAUCCAAAAGUUGUUUAUAUCUAUCCAGUAAAUGUGUGAGGUAUAGGAAAUGCAGACUGCUAUUUUUUUUAAACAGCCCACUACAUUAUUCUUCUUUUCUGUGAAGUAAUAUAGUGAUUCAUUUUUCUUUGUUUUUAUCUUUAAUAUCAUGUGCAGUCUUCUCAAUGCAUUGAAAGGAAGUAUAAGGAUUGUGAGUCUAUGGCGCAUCUGCUUAGAACGUUGGCCUCACAGUUCUGCCCGCCUGUGUGGAGUUUGCAUGUUCUCCCCGUGCCUGCGUGGGUUUUCUCCGGGCACUCCAGUUUCCUCCCACAUCCCAAAAACAUACAUUCAUUGGAGACUCUAACCUGCGCCUAAGUGUGAUUGUAAGUGCGACUGUUGUCUGUCUCUGUGUGCCCAGCGAUUGGCUGGCAACCAUUUCAGGGUGUCCCCCCGCCUACUCGAACAUACCUGGAAUAGGUUCCACCACUCACGCGACCGUUUUGAGGAUACACGUCUCAGGAAAUGGAUCGAUUGAGAGUUCAUGUUGUUCAACACAGUUAUUGUUUAAAACAACUGUACAUACAGGUUAGAUACAUUGGCCAGUAAUAUUUUGUAACCUUAUCAUUAUCUGGCCCUACUGGUGUUCUGUAUUUAUGAAAACCAAACACUGCAUUACUUGACUUAUCACAGUGACAGGCCAUUGACUACUUGUGAAGUGAAACUUGAUCUAAUCUCUUGUACCAUCUCACCAUUUCGGGUCACAGCUAAAUUCAGGCGCUAACUACUUACAGACAGGACUAUGCAGCAACCUUAUCUAGUGACACUGGGUUGCAGAAAAAAAAAAUAAAUAAAUUGUGACUUGUUUUUUCAACUGAUUCAGGAGAAUUUUGCACCAGUAAAUCUUAAAAUGACAGUUUCUCUUUAACAUGCUCCUACCUUCUGCCCAGGCCGGAGUGGCCAGCCAAUUGACCCCUCCGUGGAUACUGCGCAAUCCGCGUCACUGACCAAUCAGAGGCCAGAGAUCUGCAUAAACCAAAGCCCGUUUUUGCUCCCGCCAUUUUCUCAGACAACAUUGCAUGGUCCAGUAUAGGUUUAGUUAGCGUUUUAUCGCGUAUUUGGGUUAUUUAACAAAAAAUAUGGUUAAGAGGUGUAGUCACGGACUUUGUAAUAGUGACGACAGGUAUCCUGAAAGGCUAGUUGGUGGAGUUCAAUUCGUACCCUUUCCAAAACCGAAGACCCAGUACGAAAAAUGCCUUCGAUGGAUCAAACUUUGUGGAAGACCGCAUCAUCAACUAAAUCCAUCUAAUAUCAACCGGGACACAUAUGUUUGCACGAAGGUAUGCCCUAUAUUUGAUUUUCAAUACAUGUCUCGUAUAAAUGAAUUCGAAGUUCUUCGCUAGCAUAACACUGCUGCGUGUGAACGAUUGCCACACUUAUUCUUUGUUGAGUGAUAUUUAGCGAUGAUCGGACUGCACAAACGUAUGUAUUUCUUGCUGGCUCGCGACCGAAGCUUAACCAGACUGUGUUUGCACGAAGAUAUGCCAUAAAUUUGAUUUUUAAUACACGUCUCGUAUAAAUGAAUGAGACGUUCUCCGCUAGCAUAACAUUGCUACGUGUGAACGAUUGACACACUUAUUCUUUGUAGAGCGAUAUUUAGCGAUGAUCAGACUGCACAAACGUAUUGAUUUCUUGCUGGCUUGCGCCCAGAAGCUUAACCAGACUGUGUUUGCACGAAGAUAUGCCCUAAAUUUGAUUUUUAAUCCACGUCUCAUAUAAAUGAAUGAGACGUUCUCCGCUAGCAUAACAUUGCUACGUGUGAAUGAUUGAAUGAAAUCAGAAGCAUGGCGUCUCUCUCAGUUCAGAAUGUAUUGUAUUGUAUUUGCCAUUUUUACUGUUUGUCUUACGUCAGCGCACGUGGCGUGACGUCACUUCAGGAGGUGUGGUUAAGUGCCCUGUACAGAGGGGUCAAUUAGUCGGCGCACACCUGCACCUUGUCCCAGCUGAUUACACUCAGUAUAUAUAGAACCCGGGGGACGACUAGUCCUCCGCCAGAUUGUGGCCUUUGAUGCCUCGUUCCCGCUUGCCUGACUUCUGGCUUCUGUGUACCGACCUACGCCUGUCCCCUGACCACCCUCCAGGAAGCAUCUGCGUCUCUGCCUGUAUGGUGAGACGAGCACUCAGCCCUGGACGUCCCCUUCAAACACCCACAACAUCAGCUGAGACGCAGCGAAUGUGACCAUAAACAAAUCCUGUUGGGUGGAGUUACCAUGCUCUAACUUACAGUUACACAUUGCCACUUAACCCUGGACCAGAACAAAUUAGCAGUCGUACUGACAGCUUGAACUCAUGGGCCAGUCUUUGCAGAAACAUUACUCACCCAAGCUGUUCCCUGGAGACAUUGUGGAGUAUCCGAGGAACAAAUACUUCUCCCACUUUGCUGUCUACUAUGGGGAGAGGGAUGGCGUUCGCUAUGUGGCUCACCUGACGUCCCGAGAUUCAGACUCCAAGAUCCCACUCUUUGGCCGGGCCCUGAAAUCGGAAGUCAAGUUGGAUCCGCUUGAGCUGCUGGGAAAAAAGUACAAGGUGAACAACAUGCUGGACGACUGCUUCCCGGCCAGAGAUUUCUACAGUGUUGUGAAACAGUCCAUUGACGGCAUGUUGGGACAGGAAGUGACCUUUGACAUUUUGUUUCACAACAGUGAGCACCAGGCGACACUCUUUAGAUACGGAGUCAAGAAGUCACAGCAGAUUGAGAAAAUCUAUGGCUACAUCAUGCCUGCAUGGGAGAAGCUCCUCGAGGAGAAGAAGCUGUGAAGGUGCUUCAAAUAUAUUUCUCAACUACAUUGACAAAAUUAAUAUUUGCAUAAACUCAUGACAAUAUUACACUAUGAAGUAAUUGUCUUUUUAAGUGAAUCAUCUUGAAUGCUCCCUUUUUUUAAAAAAAAUUGUUAAAGAUUGUAUAAAAACUGUUUUCUGUCAAAUAAAAG